CCUCGGUCGAGCCAGCCACUGCCUGGAGUCAGCCAGCCUCAUCGGACUUCUGCAGGCAAUCGCGAAGCAGCUAUCCAGUCCUGCCACGGUCUCUCCGGGCGCACCCGCAGUCCCAACUGUCUUCACCGGACUCAGCGUCCUUGUCCUUCCCUUCACCUUUGCACCACUCCCAGCUACUGAAAGCCGGCGCACACAGGCUCCGUGUUGGGCACAAAGGCUCCACCAUGCAGCUCCUCCCGGGACUAGGUGUCCUCCUCUUCCUGCUGCAUAUGUGUGGAAGCAACCGCAUUCCAGAGUCUGGAGGAGACAACGGUGUGUUUGACAUCUUUGAACUCAUCGGAGGUGCCCGCAAGGGCCCCGGUCGCCGCAUGGUAAAGGGCCAAGAUCUCUCCAGCCCCGCCUUCCGGAUCGAGAACGCCAACCUGAUCCCCCCUGUGCCAGAUGACAAAUUCCAAGACCUACUGGACGCCGUGUGGGCCGACAAAGGCUUCAUCUUCCUGGCUUCCUUGAGGCAGAUGAAGAAGACUCGGGGCACACUCCUGGCCGUGGAACGCAAAGACAACACCGGCCAGAUCUUCAGUGUGGUCUCCAACGGCAGAGCAGGCACCCUGGACCUGAGUCUGAGCCUGCCGGGGAAACAACAAGUGGUGUCGGUGGAGGAAGCUCUCCUGGCCACUGGCCAGUGGAAGAGCAUCACGCUGUUCGUUCAGGAAGACCGGGCCCAACUCUACAUUGACUGCGAGAAGAUGGAGAGCGCAGAGCUGGACGUCCCCAUCCAGAGCAUCUUCACCAGGGAUUUGGCCAGUGUGGCCAGGCUCCGCGUGGCUAAGGGGGAUGUCAAUGACAAUUUUCAGGGGGUGCUGCAGAAUGUCAGGUUUGUCUUUGGAACCACCCCAGAAGACAUUCUCAGGAACAAAGGCUGCUCCAGCUCAGCGACCAACGUCCUUCUCACCCUUGACAACAACGUGGUGAACGGUUCUAGCCCUGCUAUCCGCACCAACUACAUCGGCCACAAAACAAAGGACCUCCAAGCUAUCUGCGGCCUCUCCUGUGACGAACUAUCCAGCAUGGUCCUGGAACUGAGGGGCCUGCGCACCAUCGUGACCACGCUACAGGACAGCAUCCGAAAAGUGACGGAAGAGAACAGAGAGCUGGCCAGUGAGCUGAGGCGGCCUCCUCUCUGCUUUCACAAUGGAGUCCAGUACAGGAACAAUGAGGAAUGGACUGUAGAUAGCUGCACAGAGUGUCACUGCCAGAACUCAGUUACCAUCUGCAAAAAGGUGUCCUGCCCCAUCAUGCCCUGCUCCAACGCCACGGUUCCUGAUGGUGAAUGCUGCCCACGGUGCUGGCCCAGUGACUCUGCUGACGAUGGCUGGUCUCCCUGGUCUGAGUGGACUUCCUGCUCCGCCACCUGUGGCAAUGGGAUCCAGCAACGUGGUCGCUCCUGUGACAGCCUCAACAACAGAUGUGAGGGUUCUUCGGUACAGACGAGGACCUGCCACAUUCAGGAGUGCGACAAAAGAUUUAAACAGGAUGGUGGCUGGAGUCACUGGUCCCCAUGGUCGUCCUGUUCUGUGACCUGUGGUGACGGUGUGAUCACAAGGAUCCGGCUCUGCAACUCCCCCAGCCCCCAGAUGAAUGGGAGACCCUGUGAAGGCGAAGCCCGGGAGACCAAAGCCUGCAAGAAAGACGCCUGCCCGAUCAAUGGAGGCUGGGGUCCCUGGUCACCAUGGGACAUCUGCUCUGUCACCUGUGGAGGAGGAGUACAAAGACGCAGCCGACUCUGUAACAACCCCACACCCCAGUUUGGAGGCAAAGACUGUGUUGGCGAUGUGACAGAAAAUCAAGUUUGCAACAAGCAGGACUGUCCGAUUGAUGGAUGCCUGUCCAAUCCCUGCUUUGCUGGUGCCAAGUGUACUAGCUAUCCCGACGGUAGCUGGAAAUGUGGUGCAUGUCCUCCUGGCUACAGUGGAAAUGGUAUCCAGUGCAAAGACGUCGAUGAGUGCAAAGCGGUGCCUGAUGCUUGCUUCAAUCACAAUGGAGAACAUCGGUGCAAGAACACAGAUCCUGGCUACAACUGCCUGCCCUGCCCACCACGAUUCACUGGCUCACAGCCCUUCGGCCGAGGCGUGGAACAUGCCAUGGCCAACAAGCAGGUGUGCAAACCUCGAAACCCCUGCACGGACGGGACUCAUGACUGCAACAAGAAUGCCAAGUGCAACUAUCUGGGUCACUACAGCGACCCCAUGUACCGCUGUGAGUGCAAACCCGGCUACGCCGGCAAUGGCAUCAUCUGCGGAGAGGACACAGACCUGGAUGGCUGGCCUAAUGAAAACCUGGUGUGUGUGGCCAAUGCAACCUACCACUGCAAAAAGGACAACUGCCCCAACCUUCCCAAUUCAGGCCAGGAAGACUAUGACAAGGAUGGAAUUGGCGAUGCCUGUGAUGAUGACGAUGACAAUGACAAGAUCCCAGAUGACAGGGACAACUGUCCAUUCCAUUACAACCCAGCCCAGUAUGACUAUGACAGAGAUGACGUGGGGGACCGCUGUGACAAUUGCCCCUACAACCACAACCCUGACCAAGCAGAUACAGACAACAAUGGAGAGGGAGAUGCCUGUGCUGUGGACAUCGAUGGAGAUGGAAUCCUCAAUGAACGAGACAACUGCCAGUAUGUUUACAACGUGGACCAGAGGGACACGGACAUGGACGGGGUUGGAGAUCAGUGUGACAACUGCCCCCUGGAACACAAUCCAGACCAGCUGGACUCUGAUUCAGACCGCAUAGGAGAUACCUGUGACAACAAUCAGGACAUCGAUGAGGACGGCCAUCAGAACAACCUGGACAACUGUCCCUAUGUGCCUAAUGCCAACCAGGCCGACCAUGAUAAAGACGGCAAAGGAGACGCCUGUGACCAUGACGAUGACAAUGACGGUGUCCCUGAUGACAAAGACAACUGCAGGCUGGUGCCUAAUCCUGACCAGAAGGACUCUGAUGGUGAUGGCCGAGGUGAUGCCUGCAAAGACGACUUUGACCAUGACAAUGUGCCAGACAUUGAUGACAUCUGUCCUGAAAAUGUUGACAUCAGUGAAACCGAUUUCCGACGAUUCCAGAUGAUUCCUCUAGAUCCCAAAGGAACCUCCCAAAAUGACCCUAACUGGGUUGUACGUCAUCAGGGCAAAGAACUCGUUCAGACUGUAAACUGUGACCCUGGACUUGCUGUAGGUUAUGAUGAGUUUAAUGCUGUGGACUUCAGCGGUACCUUCUUCAUCAACACGGAGAGAGAUGACGACUACGCUGGCUUUGUUUUUGGCUACCAGUCCAGCAGCCGCUUCUACGUUGUGAUGUGGAAACAAGUCACCCAGUCCUACUGGGACACCAAUCCCACAAGGGCUCAGGGAUACUCAGGCCUGUCCGUGAAGGUUGUGAACUCCACCACAGGCCCUGGCGAGCACCUGCGGAAUGCACUGUGGCACACAGGAAACACCCCUGGCCAGGUGCGCACCCUGUGGCAUGACCCUCGCCACAUAGGCUGGAAAGAUUUUACUGCGUACAGAUGGCGUCUCAGCCACAGGCCAAAGACUGGAUUUAUCAGAGUGGUGAUGUAUGAAGGAAAGAAAAUCAUGGCUGACUCAGGACCCAUCUAUGACAAAACCUACGCAGGCGGUAGACUAGGCCUGUUUGUCUUCUCUCAGGAAAUGGUGUUCUUCUCGGACAUGAAAUACGAGUGUCGAGAUUCCUAAUCAUCAGCUGCCAAUCAUAAGCAGCGCUGGCAAUGCACCUUCUGAAACCAAGGGCUAGAGAAACCCCUGCCAGGACUGCUUCUCCUCGCCUUCCUUGCCUCUCUCCUUGCAUAGUAUGGACUUCUAGAGCCUGUGACCUGCCUCGAGAAAAUGCAGUUUUCAAACCCAGACUCAGCACUCGGCCUUUAACGAAUGAGAAUGCAUCUUCCAAGAACAUGAAGAAUUACCUGAGUUUGCUUUUGGGAAAGCAAAAGCGACUAUUUACUUCCCGCUGGGAAGGUGCCCACGCCAUUCUGCCGUACUCACAGAGCCAGAACUCCUGAGGCCAUCUCUGAGCAGCACACACAGAAGCAUUUUCAGGCACGUCAAAGAAAAAAUAAAUAAAUAACUCACUAGGUCUCACCACCGAACCACCUCUGACACAGGUCCUCAGAUGUGGGAAGGCAGGAGCCAAAGCACUAGGGAGGGCAGGUACCCGAGAGACGAUUGUAUGAAGAAAAUAUGGAGGAGCUGUUACUUGUCCGGUACUAAAUCAUUUUCAGGGGUCAGAAAGACUUGCUACAUUUCCUCAUGUUGCUGGCCAGAGCCGAUUGGCCUGAUCUUCCACUCAGGCACUUGAGUAAGCAGGGACGGGAGGGAAUCCCUGGCCUCUGGACUUGCUCCACCCUUGGGCGCUUCUCACCUGCAGUGGCCAGAGUAGAGGUCAGAAGUGUGGGCUGCCCUUGGCUGGUCACCCUGAAACUGUUGGCUUCUUCUGCAUGUACAACAUGCAUAUGCAUACAACAUGCAUAUGUAUACAACAUGCAUAUGUAUACAACAUGCAUAUGUAUAAAGAGAGCAAGAGAACCCUACCAUCUCAGUGAGCUCUAGCUGCCUCCGCAGGAGGGGCAGUGCGCCUUUAUUUUAUGGUUAGAAAGGCACAAAAUUUCUAUCAACCUAACUGAAACAUUCCUUUUCUUUCUUUAUUUUUGUCCCUCAAUUAUCAUGGAUUUUUUUUCCAGUUCUCUUUUGGUUUUUGUUUAACAAAUGUUUUAACAAUGUAAUAUAUUUAUUUUUUCCCCUAUUCUGGAGGAUUCGUCUGAAGGAUUGUUACUGAAACAGGAAGUGUGGGACUAUCUGAAUCAUCUUCAUAGUGAGUCUUUAUGACUGUAAGAUUGUAAAUACAGAUUAUUUAUUAGCCCUGUUCUCCCUGGAAUUAGACUGCAUAUUGCAAAUGUUUGCAAGCAGGUAGCUGAGGGACCAGCAAAUCUCUCCAAAACCAGUGUGGGAAAGCCAGCGGAAGCUGCUGCUUUUCAUUUUGAGGCUUAGAGUGAAUGAUUUGGACUCCUUUGGCUUCCCCUUUGUUUUCUCUGUCUUUUCGAGUGGCAUUAGGUGGCUGCCUGUUUGCAUUUGCUCGUCCUUGGACAGGAAGCCAGGAGCGCUCUAAGGUCCACACUACCCCUUGGGCCUAUUUCCAGGGAGAAGAAAACACAAUCACCUUUUUUUUCCAUUUUUCCCAAAAGAGACAAAGGUGGAACUUAUAUACAAAUAUUACCUCAUUUGUUGUGUGACUGAGUAAAGAAUUUUGGAUCAAGAAGAAAGAGUUUAAGUGUCAAUAAACUUAAAACUACUGUUGUGUCUAAAAGCCGGUGCUGUACAUAGCAUAAAAACCCUUUGCAGAGGACGAUCCGGGGAAAGAAAUAGCUUUGAAAUGUCAAGUACAACUUCUCAAAGUUCUGGUUUUGUUCUAUCAUCUUGUACACCAUUGCUUUUAUUUUUAUAAAUUAUUUUCUCAUUGCCAUUGGAAUAGAGAUCUCAGACUAUGUAGAUACGCUAUUUAAAUAAUUUAUCAGGAAAUACUUCCUGUAGAGUUAGUAUUUCUGUUUUUUAUAUGUUGCACACUGAAUUGAAGAAAUGUUGGUUUUUCUUGUUUUGUUUUAGUUUGUUUCUUUGGCUCUGUUUUUGGUUUUGCUUUUUACUUCCCAGUUUUGACUAUUUGCCAAUACCCUUUUUUUCUAGGAAUGUGCUUUUUUUGUACACAUUUUUAUCCAUUUUACAUUCUAAAGCAGUAUAACUUGUAUAUUACUGUUUCUUAUGUACCAGGAACAACAGUAAAUCAUAUGGAAGUUUAUAUUUAUA